AUGUGGGGGUUGGUGGCACUUGUCUGGGCCAUCUGUCUGGCUUGCAUUCAGCCUGCUGUGUUCCCAUGGAUCCUCCCCUUCAGGUCACACAAGGACAGGCCUCACCCAGCUCCUGGAGCUCUGACAGAGAAGGUCGAGUGCUUCUCAGACUACAUGACCCUGCAGAUCCCGAGGAGCCACGUGCAGGGAUUGAGGCAGUGGCUGGCAGGAGUCCUGCGCCUGCCCGGCACCAAGAGGGCCCCCAACCACCUGGAUUCUCUUCUUACCAAAUGUGGCUAUCUCUUGCAUCCUGCUCACGACGGGGGCUUCAUCUUCCGAGCACUAUACUCUGGUUGCUUUGUACAGAGAGAGAAAGCAAAUUACAAGCUGGAAAUCAGGAUGUUUCAAAAGGGGGCAAAAAGGUUGAAGCAGAGUGAUCGCUACGUAAUGAAGUGUCCCAUGGUCAUGGCAAAGUUGGGUGAACAGAGCGUCCGAUGCCAUCCCUCAUUCAUCCAGGUCUCUAGGCCCUGGCCUCCAAGGACUGAUGGUGGACAGACACCGUGGCUGCUGUCCCUUCGAGGGGAGUUGGUGGCUUCUCUGGAGGAUGCCAGCUUGAUGGGAUUAGAGGUGGAUAUUGGUGCCACCAUGGUCACCAUCCAGAGCCCAAGACGAGAACUUCUUCAGAGGCAGGAGGUGUGGAAUACCUCCCUGGAACUUCUGCCAUUGUGGCUGGUGAGCGGUUCCUAUGCCUACUCCUUCGAGGCUGCGUGCCCACUGGGGUCUUCCCAGCCAGGAUCGGAGAUCUCAGUUCACAUCCCCAAGCAGAGACUGGGUCUGGUCAAAAGAGGAUCCCCCAUUGAAGAGUCACUGAGUCCCAGGUUCCUUCAGGUGCAGCAGUCUGACACCUUCACGGUGGCUGAGGACAGUGACUUUGUGGUUGUCAGCAUACCAGCCAGGAGGCUGCUUCAGGACCAGCCAUGCCAAGAGGCCAGAGACUCCUCAGGGACACAAGCUUUCUACAGGGUGGACCUGAGCCUGGACUUUGCAGAGAUGGACUCCCCUGUGCACUGGACAGUAGAGAACUUUUUCCAGUGUGUGGAUUCCUGA